AGAAAAACAUUAAGGAAAAUCUGAAAUUAUAUAUUUUUAAAAAGGGAUAAGGACGGUCACAUUUCUUUUCUCUAAGGCAAUUCUAGUAUGUAGUUUCUGUGUUUCCCCCGCCAGCCUACUUAUCUGGACUCCAGGGACAAACCAGGACGAGAGGCCAUGGUGCACAGCUUCCUGAUCCACACUCUGUGCCCGGUGGGGGCGCUCUCGUGCACGGAGAGCCGCGUGCUGUACUCCCGGGUUUUCGGUGCAGAUCUGACGCAGACGGGGCCGGCUGGGGACCGGGAGCAGGAGUCGGAGGCCAGGCGACUGCUGCAGAAGGAGCAGCUGGCGGUUGUGGCGCGACAGGUGAGGAGUGUGUGUGCUCUGCAGCGCGAGGCAGCAGGACGGCCAGGUUUGCAUGAGACGGGCGCAGUUCUGGGGGAGGAGGAGGCGGCACUUCAGGAGGCGGACAGUGGGGUUCUGCGGCUGGCAGAAGGGGACCCCUUUCCUCGCGAGCACACCGUGGUGUGGCUGGGCGUGCAGGCGCUGGGCUUCGUGCUGGUCUGUGAAGCCCAUGAAAACCUGCUGCUUGCAGAGGGCACCCUGCGCAGCCUGGCACGGCACUGCCUGGAGCACUUACGCCUGCUGGGCACAGGAAGUGAGGUGCUGCUGAAGGCCGACCGCAUCGAGGUCCUGCUGCACCGGCUGCUGCCCCACGGCCAGCUGCUGUUCCUGAACCACCGCUUCAAGCACAGCCUGGACAAGGAGCUCGGCGCCUGCCUGGCCCGGUGAGGCUGCUGCCCACAGCCUCCAGGACCGGCGACGUCGGCCAGGGACCCGAUCUCCGAUCUCUGAUCUUAAUGGAAUCUUAUCAGCUAAGGGUCGACUCAACAAAAAUAAAAUUAACUGAACUGCCCUAUUCUGAAUAAAACCCUUCUGCCAUUUACUGUUUUUUUUUUCCCACGUUAGAAAUAUUAGCUUAAACAAUUCAAAGUGUUGGCCUUAUUGCGUUCACAACUUCUCUAUUAACAUUAACAAAUUACAGCUGUAACUGAAGAAAUGUAUAUCUCAUACCUGAACCCCGAUAUCCCUGCAGCCCACAGCCAUGCGAGAAAGGGCCGAGCCUCUAGACCAGCGAGGGACAGGCUGGUCUCUGGGGGGACUGUAGGAACAGCCAACCUGCCGCUAGCCUCCAGCACCUGGAAAUCUUUACAUGGGGUGUCACUUAAUUCUAGUAUUAUUGGAGAGGUGUAGAUCACACAUUAACACACGGGUAUUAAUGAGCGAUGUGUGUUGGUAUAAAAGGGGCUUUCGUAAGGUAAGAAGUGAAUGGCUUUAGGGAAGCAGGCAGGUUGAGGUGAUUUCUGUUUCUAGUGGAGAGAAGAGAGCUUUUCUUUAUGGCUUGAUGUCUACAAUAAAUCCUCCCACACUGUA